AUACAGAACAUGAAACAGCACUAACCUGUAAGAAGUGUCUCACUUUUUAUGAAACCUAUAUUCAACUAAGCCCUGCUCAGAUGGAGAAGUUGACCGAAGAGACACAGGUCCAGAGUGCAUCACAACUUUGGCAUGAUGCAAGGAAACUGCGAUUAACUGCGAGCACAGCAAAGAGAGCCCCUAAACGAAGCACUACUAACCCACAAAAAUUCCUGAAUGAACACUUGCAUCCCACCUUCACUGGCAAUACUGCAACUAAAUAUGGAAAAGAAAAUGAGGAUAUAGCCAUACAGCUCAUGGAGGCUCAUGGGCACACUGUGGAGAGGAAAGGCCUGGUGGGGUGUCCUGACCAUCCCUGGUUUGCAGCCAGCCCAGAUGGAAUUUUGGACUCCACACAGCUUCUUGAGAUAAAGUGUCCCCUAAAGAGUGCCACGUCACUUGCAGAAUUUCUUAGUCGGCCAAAUGGUGACAUCAGAUGCUUAAGUGAUGGGAAGUAUCUCAUCCUUCCCAAUGGGCAAAGUGGAUACUACCUCCAGAUCCAGCUGACAAUGAUGUGCCUGGGGCUGCAGAGCUGCAAGCUGGUUAUCUGGACAUCAACUGAGCACCUGGAGUUAGACAUUUCAUUUGACAAAAAAUAUACAGAUGCACACAUGAAACACCUCCAGAAUUUUUAUUUUUUACACAUGCUUCCAAGAUUAGUGGAUGAUUUUGUUGCAAAGAAAUUGAAGCUCUGCCCCAAAUACCUGGAUCUUUUGAAAAUACAGUAA